AUGUUUCGUAUUGCACAGGACUCUAUGCCGAGUUCCGAUCACGUCAUCACUUACGAUUGCGUCAUUGAACAAAACGUGAUGAAAUGGUUGAAACAUUGUGAAUACAAGCACAAUUCGCAUGUGGCUCGGAACAAUCGGGGACAGAACAUGUGGAAGUCAGCUAUGCCUGACAUGAACAAGACCAUUGCCGCGACAUGGAGUGUUGAUACGUGGUUCAGGGAAUUGGAAAAUAUUGGUGCGCCCGACGAUAAUUUGUUCACUAUGGACGUUGCCGAUAGUGGCUUAUUCCAUUACACGCAGGUGAUGAGGAUUUAUUGA